AUGGAAAAUAGUCUCCAAAAAAAAUGGCACAGAAGAAUAAGCGGGGGAAUGCGAGGGAAGUGGGAACCAACAUUUUUUGGAAAGAGGAGAAAAAAAACAAAAAUGUUGGAAAGUUAUGGACGCCGAAUACAACGAAAUGUGCCGCAACCUCACAAACAAAUAUUACAGACAGGAAUGAAAUGCACGUAUAUAAAUACAUAUUUACAUAUUUAUAUAUUUAUGUACACAAAUGUAUACGCUUACAACUUCAUCCCACGGGCCCUUCUGCCGUCACACACCUCUUUAAGUCGCAUUGCGGAAAACAAAAAACAAAAAAAAAUGCCACGAGGUUGUGAGAAAGCGGAUUGA